AUGGUUAAGUUCCUGAAGCAGAACAAAGCUGUGAUCCUCCUUCAAGGCCGUUACGCCGGCAAGAAGGCAGUGAUCAUCCGUUCCUUCGACGACGGAAACCGCGAGCGUCCUUACGGUCACUGCCUCGUGGCCGGACUCAAGAAGUAUCCGAGCAAAGUCAUCCGCAAGGACUCAGCCAAGAAGACGGCCAAGAAAUCUAGAGUCAAGUGCUUCAUCAAGGUCGUGAACUACCAGCAUCUGAUGCCUACUCGUUACACGUUGGACGUGGAUCUGAAGGAGGUUGCGACUCUCGAAGCUCUGGCUUCGAAGGAUAAGAAGGUGGCGGCACUUAAGGAGGCUAAGGCUAAGCUCGAGGAGAGGUUCAAGACUGGAAAGAACAGAAUCUCCGGGAGAAAACACAAACCGCUUCUGAAUCUCAAUCAAAUCUCAAGAAUUUCCAACUUGCAAUCCGAACCGAAUCAAGAUCCUAAUCACCAAUACUAUCAACAAACUGAUCUGAAACUUGGAGCUGAUAAAAUGAAACAGAGGCAGUAUGAGCUGAUGGAUAUAGGAACAAAUCCAUAUAAGACUGCCCAAGAAAGGAAGAAUGCCAUUGAAGAGUACAUUACAAUCAAAGAAGUAGGAGAAUCUUCUGUAGCAGUGGUCCCUAUGCUUACAGAUCCUAAUCAGAAUCAAAGGGGAGUUGAAAGCGGAGAUGACAAUGUAGACCCGUUAUCACAGAGCAACAUGGAUCUUCUUGAAGACUGGGUUUCAAGAAACCAAGUUUACAUAGAAGGAAAUGGAAGCUCAGACUGGAAGUCACUCGAGUCCUUUAAGAGGACAGAAGUGGCAACUGUUAUCAUCGAUGAAACAGAAGACUUGGGGUCAGGUUUUGAUGAUGCUGAGAUAUUCAAAGGAGAAAAAGAAGUGAGUGAUGAAGGUUAUUUCACAAACAUAUCGGAGAAGCUGUUCACGUGA